AAGUCCCUCAGCUUGGAACUUUUAGAUUUAUCUAAAAACAAUCUGUUUGGAAUAAUUCCAAAAUCACUCGAAUCCCUAAAAUACCUCAAAAUUUUGAAUUUGUCUUUCAACAAACUCGAAGGAGAAAUCCCAACCGGUGGGCCUUUCCGAAACUUAUCUGCUGAAUCAUUUGUGUCGAGUGGGAAACUCUGUGGUGCACCCCGAUUCCGUGUCCCACCAUGCAAUAAUAGUACACUUGAUGCACAUUCAACUAAAGCAAGCACAUCCAUCUUGAAGUACAUUAUACCAACGAUCUUGUCUGUAAUGUUCAUGGUUACCUCCAUUUGGAUAGUGAUACUACGUAGAAGAAAGAAUGUGGAAGCUGCAAAAGAGACAACAUUGUUACCUCAACUUCUAUGGAGAAGAGUUUCACACCUGGAACUUGUUAGAGCAACAAAUGCAUUUGAUGAAAGCAACUUACUUGGUAGUGGUGGUUUUGGCUCAGUAUAUAAAGGAACAUUUUCUGAUGGGAUAAAUGUGGCCAUAAAGGUUUUCAAUUUACAGCUAGAAGGGGCAUUCAAGAGUUUCGAUAUUGAGUGUGAAAUGCUAGGCAACAUUCGUCAUCGAAAUCUUAUCAAAAUCAUCAGUUGCUGUAGUCAAAUUGAUUUCAAAGCCGUGGUACUGAACUACAUGCCUAAUGGGAGCCUUGCAAAGUGGUUGUAUUCUCUAAACUUUUGUCUGAAUAUUCUACAAAGACUGAGUAUUAUGAUAGAUGUUGCAUCGGCAUUGGAAUACCUUCAUCAUGGCUAUGAAACACCUAUUGUUCACUGUGAUUUGAAGCCCAACAAUAUUCUAUUGGAUGAGGAUAUGAGUGCACAUGUAGCAGACUUUGGCAUUGCGAAACUUUCGUGUGGAAGAGAUUCAAUGACCCAAACCAUCACUCAAGCCACAAUUGGAUAUAUGGCUCCAGAGUAUGGAAUGGAAGGAAUAGUUACUAGAAGAGGGGAUGUGUACAGUUUUGGUAUCGUAUUGAUGGAAACAUUCACAGGAAAGAAGCCGACGGAUGAGAUGUUUGUUGGGGAAAUGAGUUUGAGGCAAUGGGUUGCAAAUUCACCAUUACUUGAUGUUAUGGAUGCCAAGUUACUCGGGCCAGAAGCAGAGGAUCAUGAUUUUGUCAGCAAGAGGGAGUGUUUGUCAUCCAUUAUGAGAUUAGCUCUAUCUUGUUCCGCAGAAUCAUUGGAGGAGAGGAUUAAUAUGCAGGAGGCUCUAGCCACGUUGAACAAGAUCAAGAUCAAGUUUUUGAAGGACGCUGCCAGAGGUGUGGUGUUGAACCAUUCUCUUGUUUAGCAUUGCUUUAUUUAAUGCGUAGCUUUUAAUCUUGCCCUUUGAUUCAGUCCUUAAUUGAUGUUAUUGUAUGAUUAGAUGACUCAUCUACUUUGGUAUAGCUAUUUCAACUGUGUAUUUGUUUUGAUACAAAUGA